AUGUGUGACAUAGUGGAGGUCCGCUGUGAAGAUGAUGGAGAUUGGUACCAAGCUGUCGUGGAACAUGAGUUUGCAGACGGCACGUUUAUGGUGCGCUUCGACAGAGAGGGCUACGAGUACCAUUAUCCACUGACUUGCUGGAGGGUACCGAAGAUCCGGCAUUCCAUUGCGGAACUCGAAGAAGGUGAAAUGUUGCAGGGACGGGUGACUGACAUUUCUUCUCUGGGUUUUUAUGUGGACAUCGGCGCUGAAGAAGAAGGUUUCGUGCACCGUUCAGACAUGAGGGAUGGGGUGAACAGAGUGGCUGACGAGGUGCAAAUUGGCCAGGAUGUACAAGUUCGUGUACUGUCAAACGCUGGCAAGCUCAACUUGUCCAUGAAGCCCAUGCGAAUCUCGGCGCCGGGUCUGGACACACGGGUGACGCCGGUGUUCUGCUGUGUCGAUGCUUCCAAGGCUGUAGCUCUGGUGAGUCGGACAGGCUAG